AUGGGAUGUACUGACUCCAAGAAUGUCAAAAUUAAUGGUAAGACAACUACAACAACAACAACUGCAGACAACAACAAGAAAACAAUUGACGACAACAAUGACAACAACAACAAGUAUCCGGUUAUUAGCGAUAAAUUCAAUUACGAUCCGAAAAAUGACGAGUUUUCUGAAGACGAAAACGACGACUCAUCAGAUGAUGACAAUACUGAUGAGGAAGAAGAACAACAAGAAGAAGGAGUAAAACAAAUUACUGAUCCAAACAAUGAUAAUAAGGAUAAUAAUAAUAAUAAUAAU